AUGUCACUUGGCACCAGUUGUGCCACCCUUCAAGAUGGGGUGCAAUUCAUGGACUGUGCUGCUGAAGAGGCCGAGAGUCCAGACGUCGUGAUUGCAGAAGCAGAGACACUGCCAGCGCAGUCCUUGGAUGAAUGGGUGGCCUCGGAUGCCGAGCUCCAAGGCAUGAAAGCCGAGGCUGCUACAUGCCAGCAAGAACUUACUCCAGUGGCGCCAGUGGCCACGCCGGUUCGAAAUACUUCAGCCCCUGCUAGCGUGGAAGCAACUCCUGGUGAUGGGAAUUCCAAUGAUGAUGGUUCAAAAGAUCCUGCUACUUUGAUGCCUGCUCCAACAGAGCCUGAGAAACCAAGUGUACUUCCCGGGGAAAAGGAACCUGCUGUCCCAGUUCAAGAGCUGGGUGUGUCACAGCGGAAGGCUCGACUUAGGGCUGCCGCCCGUGCACAGUUGAUGCGGUGGUUGAAACCGAAAACAAAACGAUCCCACAGAGAGGCCCCAGAAGUUGUCAAGACCCAAUGGAACACGGGUAACAAGAACGACAUAGCGGACAUGCUUGCCAAGUGCAACUUUGAUAAGGACAAAUUUGUCAAUGAACUGACAGUGGUGGUGUCUCGCAAACAGAAGGUAAAGAUGUUGAUCAACGAAGGCUGGCACACAGAAGAAGAAAUGCGAACCGAGCUUCACUGGAAUAAGGCCCGUAUAGAUGGUGCCAAGUCUCGCUGCCAGUCCUUGGGACCCUCGCACUACAGGCACAAUCAGUAUGACGGAAUUGAAGAAUUUUGGAUCAUCGUCAAGGAGUCAGGAGAGCGCUCUGAAACUCAUUCGUUCGAGGAACGCCAUCAAAAGACGUCCCAGGCAGAUUCAGACCCAACCUUUGAGCUUGGUGGAACUAAGUUCUCAGGGGUCAAAGCUUUGGUCGACCGCAAGAAUGAUGCCGACAAACUCGGUAGCCAAGCCACUGCCGAGUCCAAGUAUGGACAGACCAGAGAUCGGUUCAAGAAGUUCAAGGACAGCUUGAUGCAGAAAAGCGGGAAACUUCGUCAACUUGUGAAAGAGUUGAACACCAAAUAUGAUGAUGAACAGGCCCGUAAGUCAGUUGAGAUGAUCACGAAGGAGAUUGGUCACAUGGACCAGGAGUUCGACAAAUGCCAGGAGGUGUGGUCGAAAGGAGAAGCCAACGGCUUCUUCACUGAGGAGUUUUACAAAAAUGCAGAAGAAGCAAUGAAGACAGCGACCUUGGCGUGUUCCAGGGCAGCCGCAGCAGAAUUGAAGACCAGGAGUCACAAGAAGUACUUCGAGAAGAUGGGGCAGCCUGAGCCCAAUCGUAGGACGGGCGGGGAUUCAAAGGAACCCAAAGAUGCAAAGAACAAAAAGGACAAGAAGGAGAAAAAGGAGAAGGAGAAGGAACCCAAAGGUUCAAAACGAACCGCCGAGGCAUGUGAAGCUGAUACAAACGGACACAAACGUCCUCGCAAGAGCAAGAAAACUCAGUAGGUGCCAAAAUGGCAACAGUUCCCAGAGGCUCCAAGCCGUUUCACGAGAAGUCAGCUUACUUUAAGCUACAAGGCCACGUGUUGCCCUGAUACUUUUUAAAUCGUGAAACUCUAC